CACCUUUAGCCCACAGUCCGGACGACUUUAAUAAUUUCGUUCUACAGCAGCUGCGGUUAGUAGGAUGCUGGUGCAUAUCUCCGACGACUAAGAUUUAUGUUGAUGACGGCCGUUGCGUCGGCAGCCGCCAAGGAGCCCAUGCUCAAAAGGGAAGCAUUGCGCGCCCUUUGGUUGUUGAGUGCCCAGGUGCUUCACUCUUAUCGCUUCUGUGUCGCCAUGGUUGGAGUUCCGGGGCGAUCGAAGGCGUGCCUGACAUGCCGUAAAAGGAAGAAGGGGUGCGACUACCAGCGCCCAGAAUGUACACAAUGUAUGAAAGCCGGUAUUCAAUGCGGCGGGUACGAACGGGAGCGCAUCUUUGUGCAUUCUACUGCUUCAUCCCAGAGGGCCGUGGUUGAGGCCCGCGAAACAAACCCAGCGGCGAGGAAGCUAGACUCCCCGCCGAGCCGGGGCGGUCAGCCGUCGUCUCUCGCGUUGACGCAUCGGCGCCACAGCAAGGACGAGGCCACUGAGAUCACUCUUUCCGGGUCUCUGUCUAGAACCGCCAGCGAGGAGAAGUAUAUCUCCCUCUUUUGGGACUCUUUCUUGCCGAAAAGCCGGGAUCGAUCUGCUUCGAGAGAGUGGGCCAGGUCCUCGCAGCACCUGUUCCGAACAGAACCCGCCUUGAGGUCUGCUGUCCUGGCCGUCAGCCUGGGGAUGCUGGGCGAGAGGGAGAAUUGUAGGUGGAUGAAGGAGAACGGUUUGAAGGCGUAUGGAAGGGCACUCCUAGAAGAGACCGUGGCGCUGAGGUCACCGUCCCGAGUCAAGAGCGACGCAGUCUUGCUUGCAACCAAGUUCAUGACUACUUACGAGAUGUUGUUUGGGGCGAGGACUGGGAAUCUAUUGGAGCUGGCGCAUCGCUGGCGUUCGCACAACCUCGGCUCGUUGGCCAUAAUGGAGACGAGAACACCUUUGAGUGCUAUUGAAGGCCAUGGGCAUCACAUUUUCCUUGACAGUCGGCUAUUCUGGAUAAUCGACGGUCUCAAGCGGCGCAAGCGGACGCCACUCAGCCGCGACGAUUGGAAGACUAUUCCCUGGAGCAAGCAUCCAAAGAGCACAAAGGACUUGCUCCUGGACAUACUGGUUGAGAUUCCUGGGGUCCUUGAGGAUAUCGACAAUUGUGAGGGGCUAGAAAGCCACGAAAGGAAACGAGAGGAGUACCGGCGACUCGUGGCCGUCUCCCUAGGGCUGCACACCGAGCUCGAAAGCUGGUAUGAUGCCAUGCCGCCGGAACGGAGAUACGCGGGCGCCCAUGGUCUCGGAACGGGAGACGAGCAAGUAAUUGAAGAGCUUCCAGAAAUGUACACGAUGCUGCUGUACUGGGCGACCUGCCUUUAUUUGUACAGUGCCAUGCGGGUGCACAGCGAUCGCCGGCCAGCCAGUGUACCACCUUUUCUACCGUACGCGGCCACAGACCUCGGGCAAUACAUAGGCAACAUGAGCCUAGUCUUGCCAUUUUUCUUCGACCCAGACGCUGGCAAAUCCAAUCUCUUGCUCGCAGCAUUCCCACUGGGGACUGCACUGCAGUUCAAGCUCCUUCUCAAAGGACAAGCACGGGCUGGAGACAGCCUACCGGAAGAAGACACUGGCAGGCUGAUGUUGCUUUUCACGAGGCCCGAGUUCAAGCCAGUCAUGGGUUUUCUGAACAGCUUGCAGCGCGAUAAUGCAAUUCGCGGAGAGGAUCCCGCAUCAACAUUUGAGGGCCGGGCGAAGCAGUGGGCUGGGUAUAAACCGCUGGAAAGAGGGUGAGGAAGCGUUGGUUUUGGCCUGAUGGGAGCAAGGAGAGGAGCAGGCCGGGCGUUUUGCAGGUUCACUAGCCAGGGGUGGUCUCCUGGACCCAAGGGAGUUGAACAGACAGCAGGAAUCAGUGAUAAUGACCUGGACGAAUGUUACAAAGAGAAGUAACAGGCAUGUGCCUGAACAUGGGGAUGAUUCUCUAAUAACAAA